AUGGAGCGAUUUACCUUCGUUACUUCUCUCAUUCUACUUUCCUUCUUAGCUAUCAUUGAGAGCUGUAAGGCUACUUCAGCUGUUCUACCAACAAGAUCUGUGCUCCCAACAUGCACUUUCCCACGCUCAUCCGCAGAUCCAUCUUCUUCAGAUAUUGCAAAUGUACUCAAAACUGCCAAUGCAACUGGCGACGCUUGCAACGCCCACUUGCAAGGAACCUCCGUUAGACCCAACAAUAACACCUUUUAUAUUCUUGAUGGUGGCUACUUUUUCAAUACUACGAGUGUGGUAGGCAUUGGUAGUCCAUCAGGAUCAGCUUGUACCGACAAUUUCCAAUCAAUCUUGAACGCAUGCGUACUGGGGUCGACACCUUAUUGGGGAGGAUGGGUGGUAGUAAAUUCAGUCAACUAUUCGAUAGGCAACCCGCUCGAUCUAGCCAACCCACUACUCCAUGCCAGUUCCUCCGUGACGCUGCCAUCAGGGGCCACCGUCCUUACUGUCUCAACAAUUUUCAGCGGAUCCCCGACAGUCAUUACCGAGACCUUUGUGCCCACUACAUAUUCUCAAUAUGCGACACUCCAAUCAACGAUCACAACAACGUCUAUCAAUAGUCAGAGUAGCACAUUCACAGUCGAGAUCGGCCCGGGAGGAAUUGCUUGGACGCCUUCAAACCAGCCCACUGGGCAACCAGAGCUGCCUCCUCCAGAUUUGCCACCUUCAAACCCUGUGGAGGCAACCUCAACCGGAUACACUGGGGCGGUACUGGGUCAUGUCAUUACGUCUUCAGCGAAGGCACCCUCAACCCAAUCCGCUGGAGCGCUACUGGUUUUUGUCACCACGUCUUAUAAUCCAAGCGCUUCGGUCGUCUCGUCAAUCACGCCGGACCCUCCGUCGAAUACCGUCAUCUACACAAGCGAUGGAUCUCAUCCUCCCGGCUCAUACCCUUUCAUCAGAGGUGGGCCGGGCUGCCUGUUCUGCCCUCCUGGAGUGGAUGGUGGAGGUAUCAUAGUGUUUGGCAUGGGAACUCCUGGUAUCUAUCCCCCACCGACGCCUGCCCCUUUUCCAAGUUGGCCAACCAUUACCAUCGGAAACAAUCUUGUGCCUACUCCCAGUUCAGUAGAGGAGGAAUGCAGCGUGAGUAAGGUCGUCACCGACUGCGAGGUAGUUUGUGCAGCGGCAACAGCAGCAACAACAACUUCUUGCACUACUACUUGUUCCGCAGCCACUACAGACUGCAGCGGUAGCGGUACAACUACCACAAGCUUUGCCAGUGGAGCGUGUAAUGCAGUAGCUGCUUUCGCUACAGUAACUACAUUAACUACGACAGGUGACCCAGCGAACUCUGAUCCAUCGCCCCUUCCUUUCACCCCUUCAACAACAAGCACGACCAUUUCCUCUACAAGCACAACCACUCUUAGUCUUCCCACCUCCACUGCUCUGUUUGACAUCUCAGACCCUGUCUUCGAUUUCGACGGGGGUAGUGACAGUGCCACGGACAUCUUCAUCUGCGUGCAAAAUCUGACUCUAGAACAAAUAUUCGCCCCAGGAGGUACGCCUGUAUCAAAUGGCAAAGCGAAGAACGACGAGGCAGGUUGGGGUACUUGGCAAGGCGGCGGCUGUGAAUGUGUGGCAGGUCAAUUCUGUUGCGACGAUACUGCAAGAGUGCCAAUAAGUGCAGCUUACAACUUUGAUCUGACCGUGAGCGAGGCCAUCAACCCGGUCGACUACUACAAACAUUUAAAGGGCGGCUUAGAGGGCGGCGCCUGUUCUUGCAAUGGACCCGUCAGCCUUGAACCAAGGAACGAAAGAACACAUCUAGACUUUUGGGAUCCCAACAGAAAAGGCCGAACCGUUCAUGGACGCCGAUCUAAGCAGGGCACAAAAGUGCUUGUUCCUCGGGUAGACCACAGUCCGACCUGGACCAAGUAUGCACCGAGCGGGCUCAGUUAUUACCAAAAUUGGCAAGCCAAGACUGGUGCCGAUAGAGCACCUUUCUGUACCUUUGAAGACAAUUACGAUAUCCAAGUUCCGCAAUUAACACUUCCCCCUAGAGCCCUUCGACCACUCUUCACUGAUUUGGGGGUUGGGAUUGCAAAAAACUAUUAUUACGAAACGGUGACCUGGCCGAAGGGAGACUCUCCCAAUGCUGAUUUCACAAACCAAUUUAGUCCUGUGGACGGUGUCAUUAUUGCAGCCUUUAACGACAGGCAAAACCUCCUAACCGGGCCUGCGUGCCCAGAUAAUUGGUCCGAAAUCGCCUGGCGGCUAUGGACGAGGUUCUGUGAGACUGUCACGCCUGGGACGACCGAUUAUUCUGGCUUGAGAUACGUCUUUCAGAGCAACAUCAACAACGCAUACACCAACGAGAUCAUCGAAGAGGCCUUGGCAGGUGUUCCGGCGGGACAGGUCCAGUCAUGGACGCCCGAAGAUACAUCGCUUGAUAAUGCAUUCUGGCCAUUGCUGGGAUCACCGAAUGGUAAUGGAAUCAUUUACAUUUUGACUGACCACAAGGUGGCCCUCAACGGCAAGGGGAUCACGAAAAUAAGUGCAAUGUACGAUCCUGCGGAUGGAGUCGGCAAUUAUGUUGCGUACAUGUGGGCGACGAUUGGUUGA